AUGUCAGAAUUAAAACUUCGUCGGUUAUUAGAACUUAAUCAAAGGUUACGGGAAGAUUUAGAUCGUCAACGGAUUAGAGUUAGUGAUGCCAGUAAAGGUUUAAUUGGAUAUUGUAAAAGUACUAGAGAUAAUUUAGUACCAUCAGUAUGGGGAACUAUUGAUAAAAGAGAUGAUCCAUAUGCGCCAUCUAGCAAAAGACGUCUUUGUGAGAUUUUGUAG